UUUGCAAAAUUUAAGAAAAAAAAAGACGUGUAAAGCUACAAAGAAGAUUACAUAUAGUAAAAUGUUCAUUAAAACGAAAAAUUCCCAAAAAUAAAUCUUUUUUUGAAACAAUAAAAUUGUUUCCCGAGGACGUAUUUUAUUCUCAUUUUCGAAUGAAUUGGUCCACUUUAGAGUGUUUGAAAGCCGAUUUAACCCCAUUUUGGUCAACCGCAAGGACUGGUCGUUGCGGAAAAUCUUUGGAUAAAUGUUUGUACGUAACAUUAUGGAAAUUAUGUAAUAGCAGGGUCACUUUCCGACAGCUUUCGGAUCGGUUUGGUAUUGCGAACGGAGCUGCACAUUACCUGUUCAAAAAAACAAUUAAAGUCCUCUGUGAAUUGAAGAGCGAAAUAAAAUGGCCAUCUGUUGAACAGCAGCAAACAAUCAUGACGAAAUUCGAAAACAGCAGAGAGAAUCCGUUUCCCUUCGUAAUUGGUUGUUUAGAUGGAACGCACUUCAAUAUACCCACGCCUAGUGAAGAUGCUAUUAGCUACUAUGACCGCAAAAGGAAACAUUCUGUCCAAAUGCAGGCCAUAUGUGAUAGUCAAUUUCGUUUUUUGGAUGUCUUUAUUGGUUAUCCAGGCAGCUGCCACGAUGCUAAUGUCUGGAGAAGUAGCCCAGUAUUUAAUGGCAUAACGUCCGGGCAGUUACAGCUAGCACCAGGUGCAAUAAUAUUGGGUGAUUCCGCGUAUCCUAUAUCGAAAUCCGUAAUGGCUCCUUACAGAGACAACGGACACCUCACCAGGGAAGAAAAAAAAUUCAACACACGUCUAAGUUCAACACGCGUUUUUAUUGAGCAAGCAUUUGGAAUAUUAAAGAAAAAAUUUAAGAUUUUAAAUCAUAUAGAUAUUUCAAGCCUUAAGGGCAUAUCUGAUGUGAUACUUGCUUGUGCCAUUUUGCAUAAUUUUAUUUUAAGGAAAGACAAUCCCUUAGAACAUAUUGAUGAAAUGGCACCACAGCAGCAUGGCAACAUAGAAACUGCAAGUGAGUUGGAGACACUUCAAGAUUCCCCUUUAUGGUCCGCUGAGACGGAUGAUGAAAAUGGAGUUGAUAGAAGAAAUUAUUCAAAAACUCUUUUCUCCUCAUAAGUAAUGAUUUAAAAUCAUGAACCUACUUUAAUUUAAUCGUAAAUAGAAUACUUUUUUA